CAUGUCACGACCAGCAUGUAUCUGUCACAAUGGAACCAGUAGUCCGCGCAUUACGAGGAGGCAUCGAGAAACUUGAUGAGGACUUGACCUUUCUCGAAGGGAAGCUCGACGCGGAGUUCUCCGCACCCGCUCGUAGUUCCUCUCGACAACGCCAACCAGCGGAUGUACCCAGUCCCACCAAACUACUUCGAACUAUUGAGCGGCUGGAAAAAGACAUAGUAGCAUUACAAUCGAACGCAGAAAAAGUCACACAAGCAAAAAAGUGGUUCGUUGAGGAAACGCACCGAAAAUUGGCCAUCAAUGCGGAACUAUUAGAGCGAUUGUCGUUUGGGGUUCAGGUCGAGCCCGACGACGAAACUGCAGGAUCGAAAGAGCGCUUUGAUCACCUCGCAGCUGCGUUCAGCGCUGCUCAUUAACACACGCCGUUUUUCAUACUACGGCCCACACGUCGGUCACUAACAAUAUACAGACCGACACUUGGUGCUAUAGUGGUAUGCAUUUUUUAAAAAUUACAUUUAUACAGAAUCACUUAUUCGUGCCGUUUCUCCAUGUUCGAUACGAUAUCUGUUCAGCAUGAGGUUAGCAAUAAUAUAAACAAAUGCUCACCAACAAAUACACAUACCUUCAAAUUUGUUAAUAUGUCUGAUAAACCACUC